AGAAUUCGCUAAUAUUAGAAUUAUGGAUAAAAUAUUGCUAAUUCUGGCAUAUCAGCUGUAUUUGGGCAAAGGAUCAGAAGAUGUUGAGCGACUUUGUCAACUAAAACCUACAUCUGGAUUAUGUCAGCCAUACAAGACCUAUGGGAGUCAAUUUGCAGGUUACAACACAACGUGGACUCGUCUUCGCGACCUUUCCAAGGGAGAUCAAAAUUUUUUGCGACUUGCUAGACAAACCGACGACGAUCCUUCCUGCAAGUCACUGAAGGCAGAAUAUGACCAAGUAUGCUUCACGCCACCGCCUGCUGCUGCAUUCCAAGAAACCAAGGCGUUUUGUGAUGCAUUUGUAGAAACGUGUGCAAAGUCACUGAAAACCAACUUAUUUACAAAUCUAAAAGCGAUUGCCAUCGACUAUACUGCUUACUGCAAAGAGCAACGAGAGCGUUUCCGAUAUGUUUGUCCAAAGCCAUUGAGGUUUAGGACUUAUGCCGAGCAGGCUGUCGACUUCUGUCUUCGUUACACGGAACGUUGCCCGAAGGAAAAGAUCCCCGACGAGCCGGUUCCGUUUGAAAUAGCUGAUGAAUCUCACAUCUACAUUCGAGAGAUUGAAUCACGAUGUAGGACAGCAUACAGAGCCGCACGAACAUUCUGCCUGCAUCCGGAGCUACUUAAAUAUCCAAAAUAUGCAAUACCUUGUGCGAUGUACAAAGCUGAUUGUAUAGAUGUGUACAAGAAGGUCAUCUACGGCUGACUGAAAAUAUUUCCGAUAAAGUUUGUUUGUUCAACAAAGAAAUAACCAUGUUGAGUUUUCUUCGAAGUUAUCGAAAU